AAAUGGGUGAUACAGGCUGUGUACACUUUGCAGCGUACGUGAAGGAGUACGGGUACGAUUCGUUUAGUGUUGUGCACGCGUACUUUAGUGCUUGCAUCAACAAGGAGGCGAGACGCCGGAAAGCUCUAUCCUGUCUGUGCUACAAGUGUGGAAGUUCCGGACCGCAGCUUUACUCCUGUCUGCACUGUAUCUAUUUCGCGUGCAAGGGGUCGCACAUAAACGAACACUACAAGCACACGAAACACUUUAUGGCGCUGGAACUAUGCUACGGGAUGCUGUACUGCUAUCAGUGUCGGGAUUUUAUCUACCACAGCAAAUGUCAGACAAUUGCCGAACGGCACCUAAGGUGUGAGGCUCGUAGUCUCGAUAAAAGCCUUUCCUGGCGACCCUGGAGUCCUUCCCGGCUGGAGAUUGAUCUGCUGUUGAAGAAUCCCAAGCGAAGGCACGUUACCGCGCUCACGAGUAUCGGUCUGCGUGGACUGCUAAAUCUAGGCUCAACCUGCUUCAUGAACUGCAUCGUACAGGCCCUCAUCCAUACGCCGCUACUGCGAGACUACUUCCUAGCCGAGCUGCACGAGUGUACGACGAAAACGGCCGCCAAAUGUCUCGUGUGUGAAGUGUCACGCUUGUUUCAGGAGUUUUAUUCCGGUGCCCGAGGUCCACUGUCGUUGCACCGGUUGCUGCAUCUGAUCUGGAACCAUGCCCGCCAUCUGGCAGGGUACGAGCAGCAAGAUGCACACGAGUUUUUCAUCGCCACUCUUGAUGUGUUGCAUCGGCAUUGUAAAAUAUCGAUGACGGAAUUGGCCGCGAAUGCGGCUGCUGCAGCGGCGGCAGCGGCAGCAGCAGCAGCAAGUGAAAAAUCGAAAUCCUCCCAACCAAAUGCCCAUCAGCAGUCGUCACAGAAUCAACACGCAGGGUCAAACUAUCACUCACAGCAAGCGGGCUCCCAGCAGGAAGGUUCCCAACAGCUUCCUCAGUCUGGUCCAAAUCCUUCACCCCUGUCAACGACGGUGUCCCCCGCUACGACCGGCACAACCACUGCCACCAGCGCAACAAACAGCGGACAAAAUCAACCACCCGAUCCCAACCCAAGCCAGUGUAAUUGUAUUAUUGAUCAAAUUUUUACCGGCGGUCUGCAGAGCGACGUUGUUUGCCAAGCGUGUAAAGGCGUUUCCACCACAAUCGAUCCAUUCUGGGAUAUUUCACUCGACCUGGGGGAAUCGUCGAACGGGCAGGGUGGUUACGGUGGACCACCAAAAUCACUGAUCGACUGUCUGGAACGAUUUACCCGGGCCGAACAUCUUGGAUCGAGCGCAAAGAUCAAGUGCAACACAUGCAACAGCUACCAGGAAUCGACGAAACAGCUGUCCAUGCGCACGCUACCAAUAGUGGCCAGUUUCCACCUGAAACGCUUCGAACACUCUAGUCUGAUCGAUAAGAAAAUUUCCACCUUCAUCUCAUUCCCGGCGGAACUGGACAUGACACCGUUUAUGUCGCAAAAAAAGUCUGACCAGCAGCAGCAGCAACAAUCACCGUCCUCGCCGAACUUUGCCGGUGGUGGUGCGAAUGGUUCCUCGGUUUCCUCCAUGACGGGCACACCGGGUCUCGUUACGGCCUCUUCGGGCUUACCAAAUGACGAUACGGGCAGCGAUACGGCCGACUUUCGUUACUCACUGUACGCGGUCAUAAAUCACGUCGGAACGCUCGAUGCGGGUCACUAUACCGCUUACGUACGACAUCAGAAAGACAUUUGGGUCAAGUGUGAUGACCACAUUAUAACCACUGCCACACUCAAGCAGGUCUUGGACAGCGAAGGAUACCUUCUUUUCUAUCACAAGAAAAUACUGGAGUACGAGUAA